GUAGGCUGAGCAGAGGCCAAACACAGGGAAAUGAAACUAACCCUGUCACACCGCCAUGGCCGCAGACAGCCCUGUACUAAGUCUCCAGGAUGAACUCUCUUGUUCCAUCUGCCUGGAGUAUUUCAAAGAGCCGGUGUCUAUCCACUGUGGGCACAACUACUGCAGGGCCUGCAUCAGCCAGUGCUGGGGGGAGACGGAUACAAACUUCUCCUGCCCCCAGUGCAGAGAAACUGCCCAGCAGAAGCUUUUCAGGCCCAACAGGGAGCUGGGGAAAGUUGUAGAAAUAGCCAGGCAGCUGAGUUUACAGGCCACAGUGACUGCCGGAGGGGAGCAAGGGUGUGAGAUACACUGGGAGGCCCUGAAACUCUUCUGUGACACAGAUCACCAACUAAUCUGUGUGAUCUGCAGAGAGUCGCAGGUUCACAGAGCUCACACGGUGUUCCCAGUAGAGGAGGCUGCCCAGGAGUACAAGAAACAAAUCCAGACCCGGCUGCAGACUCUGAAGGAAGAGAGAGAAAAGCUCCUGGAGUUGAAAGUGUCAGCAGAAAGGAGAAGCCGGGAGUAUCUGGAGAAGACAGACGCCCAGAGGCAGAAGAUCAUGUCUGAAUUUGAGCGGCUGCGCCAGUUUCUGGAGGAACAAGAGCGACUCCUGCUGGCCCGGCUGGCAGAGCUAGAGAAGGGGAUGACAAAGAUGAGGGAUGAAAAUGUCACCAAACUCUGUGAGAAGAUUUCCCAUCUCAGCAAGCUGAUCCGUGAGAUGGAGGGGAAGUGCCAGCAGCCAGCAAGUGAAUUCCUGCAGGAUAUCAGAAGCACCCUGAGCAGCCUGUCUCGUAGGUGUGAGAAGGGGCAAUUCCAGCGGCCAGUGGAGAUUUCUCCUGAGCUGGAGAGGAGACUCAGCGAUUUCUCUCUGAAAAUCCUUGUUCUAAAGGAGACGCUGAAGAAAUUGAAAGACACCCUGCCCUCCGAACUGGAGAGAGAUCGGGCGAGUGUGACUCUGGAUCCAGACACAGCUCAUCCCCAACUCGUCCUGUCUGAGGAUCGGAAAGGCGUGAGGAGGGGACACAAGCAGCAACUUCUUCCCGACAAUCCAGAGAGAUUUGACGCUGAGCUCUGCGUGCUGGGCUGUGAGGGGUUCACCUUGGGGCAACAUUACUGGGAGGUGGAGGUGGGGGAUGGAGGAGGCUGGGCCGUGGGAGUAGCCAGAGAAUCUGUGAGGAGAAAGGGAGAGUUUAUCUUUCGACCUGAGAAGGGGAUCUGGGCUGUGGGACAGUGGAAGGGUCGGUACUUGGUUAUCACCUCUCCUGCGACCCCUCUGUCCCUGAGCUGGGUGCCCAGGAAGAUCCGGGUCUCUCUGGACUGUACACAGGGGCAGGUGGCAUUUUUUGACGCUGAUAGUGAAGCCCCGAUCUUCACUUUCCCACCGGCCUCAUUCAUGGGGGAGCGAGUCCACCCCUGGCUCUGGGUGGAGAUGGGAUGCCAGCUCAGGCUGUGCCCCUGAGACGUGGGGUGAAAUUCACCGCUGCACCUUUCCUCCAGGCAGAGGCUCCCCCAGCACCUGGACUCCCCGUUUCUGGGAUUCUGGCCAAGUGCAGGAAACCUCUGAACUGACACAACCUCAGGUUGCUGGAUGUGAUUAGGGCAGAGAGCCCAAUCCCAUUGCCUAGUCUGGACCUAGCCACUCUGAUUCUGGAGCGCUCUGGCAGUCUGCAGAUCCGAUGGAGGGAGAGGGAGCCACAGGGUAGGGACAAAGGUGGGGACUGGAGAGCAGUUUUACUCCAGUGACUUCACUCCUGAUUUACACCAGGAAUGUAAGAGGGGAAUUCCCCAUCAGAGGGGAAUCAGCCCCAGUGACUCCCAAGAGGUCACUCCUGAUUCACACUGGAGUGAGUGAGGCCAGGAGGAAAUCACCUCCAAUUGGAGUGACUCCUGAUUGACACUGGUAUGCAUGAGAGGGGAAUCAGCCCCAAUUAUUCCAAUGGGAGACAUGGCUAGAAAGGGGUAAACAUCCUGCAAAAUAAAUAAUCCUCAAAAGACAUGUAGGGAGAUAAUGUUUGUGUUUUUGUGUAUUUACAUAUCUUUGAGUAGGUUCUACAAUGUAAUUAACAGUCCCUGUCUAUGCUGUAUUCUGAUAAUUCAGAGGUCAAAAGAAGAGCCUAUUAUUUAAAUGAAUUGUAAACAUGGGAUAUCUCGGUAUUCAUCUCUCUUUGAAAUGUACUUUGAAUGGUGGAGGAACAAGCAAAUGGCCUUAUGUUAAUUUGUAUAGCUAAGUACUGGUGAUGUACCUCCUUCAAAGUCACCUAAUUACCUUUUGUUCCCUGAGUAACUCCAAUUUGUCAAAAUGUAUGUUGUAUAAUGAAUGAAUGAAAUGAAAUUGUAUAAAAGAUCCUUGGAUCCUGAUUCUGUCAUCUCAGAUUUGCUUAAGCGUCAUCAGGGGAAGUUUGAGUCGCAAGAUUGAGGUCCCACUAUGCUGGUACUCACUGAAGGUGAUAUUGGACAUUGGACUAUAAUCUAUGAAGUAUUUCUGAAAGAACUCUUUGCAACCACAAAGCUCACCAUCUCUGCUAUGAAUCUGCACCUUAAUAAAUUGAACUCAUGUCUGUAUGUAUAUUGAUUUUUUAACCAUACUCUCUGUCUUUUGUUUUUAAAUAAAUUUUAAU